AUGAAAACGGGCAUUGAUGAUGACAAGGAUGAAGGAAUCGGUGACGUCAACGCCGACGAUGUCUUCAAAUACGAUAUUGAUCUGAUAAAGGAAGAGGUUGAAUACUACAAAAGGAAACAAGCGCACAAAGAGGACGGCGAUGUCAGUGAUGAGGAUUCUGCCAUUGGAAGUGCACGUGUAUGGAAGCUUACGGUUCCGCUCGCUACUCUGAAUGGACCUAGAAGAAACACAAAUGUUUGUACGGUUAACCAAAGAGCAAUAACGUUCAAGAAUCUACACAACGUAGAACUGCUACGCUACCGAGCGUGCGGCGAGCAGUAUAUAUUGACUAAAGAUCGCUUAGUAUUCCAUCUUCUGGCUUUCAUUGACCUACCAAAAGAAGAGCCAUCAGCGUACGAUGAUCCUCCUUUCUACAGCAUUAUCAAUGAAACGAUUGUGGUGAAUCCUAAUUAUCGGUUCAAAAAGAGUGAUCCGCAGUCACAGUAUGGAGAAGAAUUUCUGGCCAACAUUGUUGCCCCUUACACUGCAACUUAUGUAGAACUGCGUGAACUCACUAACUUUGUGGAUAAAUUGGAGUCGAACGCUGCUUUACCUGUAUUUUGGCAGGUAUUUCUGGGGUUCAUUCAGCAAUUUUUUGCGGAUUACAGGAGAGCGAUUUCUGCUCUGCGAAGACAAAAGCGUCUAUAUGUUGCGGACCUUCUCGAAAAAUCCCGACCGUUGCGGAAAUGUGUUCGCCUUCUACAUAUGUUAACCAGUGCCUGGUUUGAGGUUUACAAAUUCGACUGGAUCCAUGUGGAACUAGCCUGGAACAACAUUUUUGUUGUUAUGGACUGUGGCGCUGAGCUGAGUGAAGAUGAAGCAAAAUUGGUGUCACGAUUGCAAGAAGGUUACUGCCAGCUACUUCUCAGAAUUAUGGAUCGUAUCUACAGUUUAGGAGAAGUACCAAAAAAUUAUGAAAAUCAUUUUAUUUUGUACAAUGAUCCAGCUGAUCCAGAGUUACUGAUUACCAGAUCGCAUCCUGGCUUUGAGUCGUUGCUGUGGAGUGACAAUUUGCUUCUCACGGUGCUACGUGGUGCCCAAGCUCGAUUUCGUCUAGGUCCCGAACUGGAUGUCGCACCUGUGUUUGCCUCUGCGUUCUACAAUUGUUUGAAGUCUCUCAACUGGAGCGAGAGAUUAUUCACUUCUUUCCAAGAGUUCAAACAUGCGUUCGAGUUAACUGCUACGAGGUUGACACAUGAGCUUAGCAAGAAAUUGUUACUGCAGAUCCGUGCAGCUGGUUUGCAGGAAUAUUGGAAAGACAUGAAAGAGAUCACUUGCGGACGAGUAGCACACUGUUUUGCUGCUUGUGUCUAUGGUUGCACAUCAGAUCCGUCAAAGACCGUUGCGAUGGACGUAUCAGAACUGUACAGUACCGCCUUACUUCGAAGUAGUAUGCUGCCUGAUCGAGCAAGAAAAUGGCAACUAACACAAACAGCAGUCUCUGAGACUGAUCACUGUAUAAGAUGCGAUCUCGAAAGACCUCUCAGCUAUGUAUUUCGCCCAUCGUUAAUUCCGGCAAUGAACGCAUGUAUGGAUAACAUGUUCAAGAUUUUCCGAGUUGUGGAACUUUUGACAAGUGUUAGCUCUGACAGGAAGUCAGCAGAAGACUGUGGACAAGUGCACGAAGAUAGAGCUACGGCUGAAAGACGAAUUCGUCACAUGUUUUUCAUAGUUUUCAAGCUCUUAUCGUUGGUCAGCUUCAUAAAGGAUUUGUUCAUUGAAAAGGUGUCUUCGAUUUUUGACAAACAUGCGGAGAUUCUAGAAAGAGCAGAAGAAGUUGAAGAAGUAGACGACACCCUGGCGCAAGCUGAGUCGGAGUUGCAGGCUCUGAUGGCAAGAACGGAUAUACGUAAACAGUUCCAUGAGAUCGUCGAUAUCUUAAAAAGACUUGCGGAGGAGAUCCGUCUAAAAUCUGUCAGCAAUGAUCUGACCUCAGACACUUUGCUAAGAUGGCAUAAGACUACGGUACGGACAGUGGAGUUUCUUGCGUUAAUUGGUGCGGCAAUGCCUGUGGAUUCGGUUUUCCAUGCAUUACAUGUGAGAUUGAAAUAUCAGCGAGAGAACGUCCGAUAUCCAUCAGAGGAACUCGAUUAG